AUGCUUAUCGUGUUCUUUCUUACCACCCAAAUUCUUCUUUGUCUUCCUUUCCAUCAGUGUACGCAGAAGGCUUGUGAUCUCGGUAAAGCCCUUGAAGAAACGUCAGUAGAGCCUGCUAAGCAGGCAACGACGGAUUGUACGCAGAAGGCUUGUGAUCUCGGUAAAGCCCUUGAAGAAACGUCAGUAGAGCCUGCUAAGCAGGCAACGACGGAUGUCUGUCUGAUUAACUGGAGUUAG